AUUGUUCUUAUUUUCAGAGCGCCGAUCGACGAAGGCCGACAACGGACAAUCGUAGUGGAAAGCGGCUUGUCGUCGGCCGACGGUUUGGCUGUGGACUGGAUUUACGGACACAUCUACUGGACAAACGCGGACAAGGACUCCAUCGAAUUGGCCAACUUCGAGGGCAACAUGCAGAAGACGCUUUUCAAGUCGGAACUGAAGGAACCCAGGUCGAUAGCCGUGGACCCACUCAACGGGUGGCUGUAUUGGAGUGACUGGGGUAGCAACGCAAAGAUCGAACGGGCCGGCAUGGACGGCACCCACCGGGAGGUGAUCGCAUCGUUCGACGUGAAAUGGCCAAACGGCAUCACCCUGGACCUUGUGUCCAAGCGGCUGUACUGGGUGGACGCCAAGCUCCACACCAUUUCGUCGUGCAACUUCGACGGCAGCCAGCGGCGCCUGGUCCUAUUCAGCCCCGUCUGGUUACCGCACCCGUUCAGCAUAUCCACGUUCGAGGACUCGCUGUACUGGUCCGAUUGGAACCAGAAGGCGAUAAUCAAGGCCAACAAGUUUAACGGUUCCAACAUCACCACUGUCACCGCCUUGCACAUGGUACAUAAUAUUACACACUUAUUUUUUUUAAGACAUCGAAAAAAGUCAAAACCGACAUAGUAUGACGAUCUGUCG